AGCACCGGGUCAUCGUCAUCGUCAUUUCAAUCUAGUGCCCGAUUUCGCGACGGCCGGACAUGUCUGCUCUCCUGGUUCGCGGGUGCCUCAUGGUGGCGAUCACCGGGAGCGUGUACGCCGUCUUGCCGUCCUAUAUCAAGCCUUGCAAAAGAUCGGAUCCGGACAUAGACAAUUGCAUCACGAACGCCAUCGAGAGUCUGAGAGAGAAAUUGGCGGAAGGAAUCCCCGAACUGGGGGCUCCUCCUAUCGAGCCUCUUUAUCUUGACCAGAUAAGACUGUUGAAAGGACCCACUGGUGCUAGGUUGGACGUUAAUAUAACUAAUUUACAGGUCGAUGGUCCCUCCAAAUUCAAAGUCAGCAACCUCAAAGCCAACGUUGACGAUGUCGUCUUCACCUUCAAGGUUGGCUUCGAUAGGUUGAGCUUCAAAGGACGUUACCAAAUCGACGCCAGGAUCCUUCUUUUGAGGCUCGCAGGAGAUGGCACCAUAACAGGAAAUUUUACCGGAUAUAACUCCGACGUGAUCCUGAGGGCUCACAAGUUCAGCAAGAACGAUAAAGUGUACCUGAAUUUCGAAAGGAUGCAGGUCGUCAUCAGGAUCGGAGGAGCCAGCGUUUAUCUCAGCAACCUCUUCGGCGGAGACCCGAUUUUGGGCCCGGCCAGCAACGAGAUCCUUAACGCCAACAGUGCUCUCUUUCUGGAAGAAGUCAAGCCAGUUUUGGAAACGUCAUUGGCCGAUUUAUUUACCGACGUGGCCAAUAAGAUCGUCACUACGUUCACUUACGACGAAUUAUUCCCCAUCGACUAAAUCAGGAAUGACGAAUUUUUGGAACUGUA